GGAUGGCGAACCAGCUGGUGGUUCUCAACGUCUACGACAUGUACUGGAUGAAUGAGUACACCUCUUCUCUUGGAAUUGGAGUAUUCCAUUCAGGAAUAGAGAUAUAUGGCAGAGAGUUUGCUUAUGGUGGCCAUCCCUAUCCCUUUUCUGGAAUAUUUGAAAUUUCUCCAGGAAAUGCAUCUGAACUAGGAGAAACAUUUAAAUUUAAAGAAGCUGUUGUACUUGGAAGUACUGACUUCAUGGAGGAGGAUAUAGAAAAAAUUAUAGACGAACUUGGAAAAGAAUUUAAAGGAAAUGCCUAUCACUUAAUGCACAAAAACUGCAAUCACUUUUCUUCAGCUUUAUCAGAGAUUCUCUGUGGAAAAGAGAUUCCUCGUUGGGUGAAUCGCCUUGCUUACUUCAGCUCCUGUAUCCCAUUUCUCCAAAGUUGCCUACCGAAAGAAUGGCUUACGCCAGCAGCGCUUCAGUCUAGUGUAAGUCAGGAACUUCAGGAAGAACUGGAAGAAGCAGAAGAUGCUGCAGCGUCAUCUUCCCUGGCAAGCUCAGCAUCCGCAUCAAGAACUGGUCAUCACUCAAAAAUAUAAGU